UUUUCUGGAUUGUCCUUUUCCCUGUUUCUGACCGUUAUCCACCUCCCCCCUUUUGUCUCUUCCUUCUGAAAUCAAGAAACGUUUCCGGUGUGAUUCUCUUGAAGCCGCAAAAUUCCGUCAAAUUGAUCGAAGCCCACUUCUUCUGUGCGAAAUCCAUGGAAAUCGGAGUAAAUAAUUAAGAAAACAAAGUGAUGUUUUUCAACGAUUUUAUUUCACGGAGACUAACAAGUCUGCUACAGCCAUGGCUGAGAGACGACCAAGGACUAGAACUCAAACUGGGCCUCCUCCGAUCAAAGGGAACUCUAAACGGCAUCAGUUUCAACACUUCCGCGCUUAACGAAUUGCUAGACGACCCAUCCAGAUUUUGCUUUAAGGAAGUAACCGUGGAGCGCAUGCACCUGCAAUUCUCCCCGUUUUCCUCCGCCGCCUUCACUCUCGUGAUUCACGGCCUCCGCAUCGUUCUCUCCCUUGGAGAAGAGGAGGAUGAGGGAGGAGUAAAGUGGAGACGGAAGCCAAGAGAUACCAUGGUAGACGAAAGGAACAAGGUUCUUGAAGAGAUUGAUCCUGAGGGUUGUGCUUUGCAUGCUGCUAUUGAAAAGAUUUCGGAAAUUAGCACCAGAACAUGGAGAAUGUCCUUACUGAAUACUUGUAUUAAACAUUGUCACUUGCAGUUGUAUGACGUUGAUGUGCUUCUGCAAGCUUCUUGUUUGUAUGAUCAAGUCUCAUGCUCAUUGUAUAUGAAAAAGUUUGGAGCUGGACCACGCAUUACAGGCCACACAUGCUUUAUAAGAGGGCUCAUGAGUUCAUUUUUUGUGCCUUUUCAAGAUAGUUCGUUUGAUGUUGAUAUUAACAGUUUUGAGAUUAGGUUGAACACUGAAAAUCACAUGAGCUGUAUUUUACCUGGGACCAAUCUGUUAGCUGUAGUUGAUUUCAAUCAUCUUCAGUCCAUAAGCUUGUGGUUUCAUGUCCCCGCCUUAAAGUUUUUAUUUUCUCCAGCAGAUCUCUCUGUUAUAGUAUUAUUAUAUGGACUCUUGUCCAAAGAGUACAAAUGUGCUAGACCUGGAAGGCAACUGUGGAAUAUAGCAGCAAGCAAAGUUAGUCCACCUUCUAAUUUGUCAUUGAGUAAGGUAGUUAGAAUUGUGUGUCUAUGGUUGCGUUACAUAAAGACCUACAAGAGUAUACUUCUACGAGUUGGCUAUCCUGCAGAUGAACUAAUGAAAAGAUCAGCUACCUUGUCGUUUUGGGAUUCAGCGUACUCAAUAUCUGUCAAGUCUCAGUGGAAGUUGAUCAGUCAGAUCGAGAAUGAUCUGCCUCAUGAGGCAAUUGCAGUGGCACGGAGAAUAGCUCGUUACAGAGUGGCAUCAAGUAGUCCUGGAAGAAAUGGCAAUCCUGAUGAGUUGCUGGGCGCUAGGCCUUUUUCAAAGUUGCAGCAGAUACUUGUGCUCAUUUUGAGCAUGAUAGGCAGAUUGUUAGUUUCAUUUAUGAGGAUCUUGUUGUUACACAAAGUUCUGGUUAUUUUUCCAGAGAGUAGCCUGCGUUUUGGAUCUGUUUCUGAAAAUUCUGUUCUACAACGAAGUAUCAUUCUGAAAGUACAAGAAAUUUCAGUGUCUGUUUCUCCAGAUAAGUUACUACAGCCUUCUCUCAGUGGGAAGUCAGUUUCGGACACAAAAAUUUCGCACCAAGACUUACUCUCUUUCCAUUUUUUCGUUGAUGCUUUCUUCUUAAGAUGCAUGGUAAAUCUUUCUGAAAAGUAUUUAAUAUUUGCACCGGGGAACUUGAAGGUUCUUUCUUUUUCUGCGGUGGAAGCUUAUGGAAGUAGUUACUCAGAAGAACAUUGGAAGAAGGAAGUCAAUAAAAGGCAGAUUGUUGUAUGGAGUGACCCUGCACAACUUAUGUACUUUCCUGAAGCUACUCAUGAUAAUGUUACUGAAGAUGUCUGUAGAACUUCAGCCCCGCAUUUAGAUCGCCUUUUAGGAAAAUUGUGGUUGAACUGGAAAAAUUCUUGUUUGGAACCUGAUGAUAAAAAUAUACUAAAUGUGCAGGCUCCAUGGAUUCUUUGUGAGAUAUGGAGCUAUUUGACAGAUCAUGACCUCAGUGGUUCUAAUUCCCGGUUUGGUUGUAGUUUGGUUGUUGGUAAACUCAAUGUCAACCUGGAAUAUAAUUCUUUUGCAUCGACUAUUGUACUCCUCAGACAAAUAAAGUGUGCUCUGAGCCCGAGGAGGAGGAACAAUGAUGUUUUGCAUGCUCCGGCAAUGUCAAUUCAGGAUCCACUAGGGAGGUAUUGGAGUAGUAAGUUCGCAUCAUAUUUUAACAAAAUUGAAAUGGAUGUUAUCAGAAUGUUUCCUGAGAAGCGUGUUCAAGUUGGGGUGUUCAUUGCUGGUCCUCACAUUCUAAUAUCUUUGUUAAGCGAUCAGUUCCAUUCUGGAACUACAGUUGCGCAUCAUCUUGUUACGGGGGUCUCAUUUGAAAUCUGCAACAUUGAAUUUCUGGUAUCAUCUGAUUUGGAAGAUAAUGUUGGAUUAUCAAGUGAAAGCACUUCAAACUGUGAUAGUGGAUCGCAGUGCCUUGGACUUAAAGAACCUCAAAUUGACAUCCCUAAAUUAGGUAAUGGAGCUUACAGCUGUCAAUGGCAGAUUUCACACAACUUAUACCUCAAACUUAACGGUUUGAAGGCUUGCUAUGAUGAAACCACUAAGAAUAAAAAAGACCAGAUUGUCGUAUUAAGGCCGGCAACUGCACAACUUAUGUAUGCAAGGAAGGAUCAUUAUUCAUUUGGUUCAUCAGGUGUUGUUGUCUCGGCAGCUUUCCACUUCGUGGCUACUGGAUUUUCCUGUUUAAUGUUUCUGGAUGAGUUGUAUGUUCUGACAAAGAUAAUUUUUGGAGUACUUUAUGAGUCACUUGCCUUCACUAGGGAUGGAGCAGGUGGUGAUCCAUGCUAUGAAGAAGCAUCAUGCGGAGAAACAGUUUAUUAUGAAUCUGAGUGUGGGCAAACAUUCUCUAGAAGCAAACAGGCAUCAUCUGUUACAAACUCUCAAGUUUUUGCCAACAGCACCUGUGAGCUUAAGUCGUUUGACAUGGUUCUGCAUAAUUCCAGGAGAAGUUGUAAUUCAGAGAACUAUAUGCACAGAAUAUCUAUUGACAGGGAAGCUGGAGAGAAGUUGGGUAUGGAUGACAAUUCUAGCUCCGGUAUUUACAUCUCUAUUCAGCAGGCAAAAGUGGAAGUUUUGUUGAAAGGAUGGGAUGUGGAUGUUGUCAUUGACACGACUGGUGUUCAAUGUAUCAUUUUCAGAUAUUUGAUCGAGUUUGAUGGAACUUCUGAUAGAUCCGAGCUAAAAAAUUUAUUACAUUUUCUAAAUUUCUUUACAGAAGCUUCAGUUUAUCAUAGCAAAAUGUGUUUCUCCUUUAGAAACCUUGAGAAAGCCUUAUCUUCAGUGGGCUUGCAAAGUACAGUUGAUGAAUCUAGUUCUCAUGGUAUAGUGCCUCAAAUGUGGGGUGAUGCUCCAUUUAUUGUGAAUACUGAAACACUAAGGGAUCAUUGGUUAUUCAUGAACUUUGUUAUUUCUGGAAUUUAUAUUGCUGGAUGCCAAGUAAAAGAUAUGUUGGUCAAUGAAUUUGAAGACCUUAAGGCAUCUUUCUCUGUCGGGGGUUACUUCCAGGCAAUCUCUUGUGAAUGCAAGGGUGGUUCCAUGUUACUUGAAGCAACAGCUCUGACAAUGUUGAUUGAAUGCUUUACUUUGUAUUAUCAACGUAUCUCAGACCUUUGGCCUUCUGGUCUAUCAUCUGGUAGAGUUGCAGUCGUGCAAAGUGAAAUAGCUCCUCUAGAUGGUCACUCUGGUGUAAGUACCCAGCAUGUUCAACUUGAAAAAGUAAUGUGGGAUCGUCUAGAAGCAUCUUCUGUGAAUCUUUUGCAUCUAUCGCUCAUACUUGUGGAGAGAGAUGAAUCUGGCCGAUUUCAGGAACUUCUAUUUGAGAUUGACUUUCAUUUCAGCCUCGAAUUGUUAGCUGCAGUGAGAAAAAUUUCGUUCAGCAUUUCCAAGUUUUCCAUGCUUUCGAAAAUCAUGUACAGAGAUCUGGGACAUAAAGCCAAGUUUAUGCGAAGUCCUUUAUCUAUCUUGCCAGAUGAUUCAUUAUCCAACUUUAUGAGCAAGGACUCUUUACCCUCUCUCCAUCAUACACAUUCUGUUGACUCAAACCUUGCUGGUGCUAGUGGCACAAGUACCUUGGUCUCUCAGAGAGGUUCUCAAGUUGGUACCUCCAUGAGUAAUCCAGAACAUAGGAUCUUUUACAUAAGCUCUCAAAGGUAUAUACAGAAAGAUUUGCGAUGUUUCGUAGCAGUCGAAAGGCAUGUGACAAGAGAGUUGACAAACCCUGCAUGCUCAAAUAGCAUUUGGGUUGGUAGUGGCUCUAUAUCAGGGUUUGAUAUGACCAUCUCUCUUUCAGACAUAAAGAUGGUACUUUCUGCCCUGGAAUCUUUCUCUAAGGUUUCAAGCAGAAAGGGACCUUCUGAAGUGGAAUCCAGGCCCUGGUCUUAUAAUCAAGAACCUGGAGGAAGCAUGGAAGAAAUGGUUACUGAUGGAACAAUUGUUGCUAUCCAAGAUGUCGACCAACAUAUGUAUAUUGCAGUUGGAGGUACAGAAAGUAGAUAUGAUAUAGCUGGAGCAAUCCAUUAUUCACUAGUGGGAGAGCGGGCUCUUUUCAGAGUAAAGUAUCAUAAGCCAAGGAGAUGGAAGCCACAAGUACAGUAUUUUUCCCUGAUUUCCUUGCAUGCUAAAGAUAAAUAUGGGGAAUCACUGCGAUUGAAUUGCGACCCGAGAUCAAGAUUUGUUGACAUUUCUUGUUCUAGUGAUAGUGGGUCUGCACUUUGGAGAAUGCUUCCUGUUAAACGUGAUGCCUAUGAAGAUGCUAUUGAGCUCCAAUCUUCUGUUUCCUUAAAUAGACGGGCGUUUCACCUUGUGAGUAAAAAGAAUGAUUGUGCAGUGGCUUUUAUCGAUGGCAGCCUUGAAUUUGUAAGCAAGCCAGGAAAUGUAUUCAAGUGGAAAGUGUUUGACUACCCUGGUCCAGUGGGUGGUAAUUUGUUGCCAAAUAGUCAUAUAGUGGAGGGACCUUCCAACCCCAGCACCAGCUCAAGGGAACCUUGUGCUUCCCCGAGUACUGGAACUAAUUCUCUAAGUGAUUCAAAUGUCACUGGCACGCGACAGUUGAGGAUAAAUGGAAACCUUCUGGGCAUCACAAUUACAGUCGACAAGGUUACCUUGACAAUUGUUCAUGAGCUUUCAGACACAGAGGAAAAGUUCCCACUUCUCCAGGGAUCACUCUUACCCAAUCAAACAAUAAUACAGAUCUCAAAUUCGAAAGUCAGGGUUAUGAACACAUUUGAAGUUGUACUGUCUUACUUUGAUGCCCACAAAAACUCAUGGGAGGAAUUCAUUCGACCCGUAGCAAUCUACAGUUUCUACUCUCAGAAGUUUCAUAUUCAGGGUGCUCAAAAUUCUUCUCAUGGGGUGCCUAGUCAUUUCUAUGCUAAAAUUAAGGAGGUAACUGUACUACUGAGUGAGCUUUCACUGGAUAUACUUUUAUUUGUGAUCGGGAAGUUGGAUCUGGCGGGUCCGUAUGCUGUAAAAAGCUCUGCUGUUCUAGCCAAUUGCUGCAAGGUAGAAAACCAGUCCGGCUUGAAACUUAUUUGCCAGUUUUAUGAUAAUCAAGAUGCAUCAAUACCUGCAGCACAGUCAGCUACCAUUUUUUUAAGGCACCUGGCUUUGGCAAAUCGACCACCAGAAGCAUCUUUCUUUUCAGUAAAGCUCGUCCAGCAAGGUUUCCGUUCAACUUCUCCAAUUCAUCUUUCACUUUUGGAAACCCAACGAUUUGCCUGGAGGACUCGGAUUGUAUCAUCACAAGACUCCAAGUCUUUUCCUGGUCCUUUUAUUGUUGUUGAAAUUUCAAAGGGAAUUGAGGAUGGCUUGUCAAUUGUUGUCUCUCCUUUACUAAAGAUACACAAUGAAACUGAUUUCUCACUGGAGCUGCAUUUUCAAAGGCCUCAGCAUGAGCAAACUGAGUCUGCUUCACUGAUAUUGAAAGCUGGAGAGGUCAUAGAUGAUGCUAUAACAGCAUUUAGUGCUAUUGAUUUGUCUGGUGGUUCGAGAAAGGCAUUAACAUCUCUGAGUGUUGGGAACUAUAUGUUCUCGUUUAGGCCCAACAUUGCAGAUGGUUCGAGAAGUUUGGGGUAUUCAUCAAUAGAGUGGUCAGAUGAGCUAAAAGGUGACAAGACUGUUUGUCUAUCUGGGUUAUUCAAUAAACUAAGUUACCGGGUGCGAGAGGCAUUUUCUGUCAAUCCAACAAAAUUUUCACUGAGCAGUGCAAGUUGUGCUGUCAAAUCUGAAGAAGGUUCUGUCACUAACAUAUAUUUCCUAAUACAAACUGUUGGAAAGGCUAUACCCAUUUUAAAUCCAGAUAGCUCUGGAUAUGCCCCUGGAAACAGAAAUUCACCUGUAGCAAUGCAAGAGCAGAAGGAACUUUUUCUUCUUCCUACAAUCCAGGUUUCAAAUUUAUUGUACACAGAAAUACAUGUCAGUUUGACUGACAGAGAUCCACACAGCACCAUGGACAGUGACAAUACGUGGAGUCAAGCAACUAUUUCAAGUGGAUCAGCUGUCAAUUUUUAUGCUAACCCUGCUACCAUAUAUUUUGUGGUCACUUUAACCUCUAUUGGCUCGAGCUGCAAACCAGUCAACAGUAGUGAUUGGCUUAGAAAAUUACAGAGGCAAAAAGGUGAUAUCUCUUCUUUGGACAUUGAGUUGGAUUUUGGUGGUGGCAAGUACUUUGCAAUGCUGAGAUUGUCUCGUGGGCAGAGAGGCACAUUACAGGCUGGGAUUUUUACAUCGUAUGUAUUGCAAAAUGAUACAGAUACACCAUUGUUUUGCUUUCCUGCCAACCAGAAGCCAUUAUCUAGGGGUGACAUCGAAAGCUUUGGUACAGGUAUUCCUGUGGAGUUGGGAUCAUACUUGCCUCCUAACUCAACCACAUCAUGGUUCUUGAAAUGCCACAAAUUGUGUUUCAAGUUGUUGGAGGAGAAAGCACUGGAGGCACAGUUGGACUUGGAUGUGUUAUCAGGCCUUGCAGAGAUUGACCUCGAAGGUGAAAAGUUAUUUGGAUCAAAAGAUAUUAUGAGAUUGGGGGUGUCCUUAAGGCCAUCACCUGCCAAAGAGGUCUCAUCUCAGAUAGUAUCUUUAAGCCCGCGAUAUGUCAUAUGCAAUGAAUCAGAAGAUGUGAUUGCUAUCCGGCAAUGUUAUCUGGAGGACAUGGAAGAGGUGAUUGCUAUCAACAGCAAACAGAGGAUAGCUUUAAGGGUAAUGACAGUAAUGAGAAACAAUAAAGAAACCAAUAUUGUCGAAAAUCUUCUUAGAAAACAUACAAAAUCUCAGAAUGAUUCAUCAUUUUUCAUUCAAUUCCGACCAAAUGAGACCGGCCUUGGUUGGUCAGGGCCAAUAUGUGUGGCUUCAUUGGGGCGCUUUUUCCUGAAAUUCCGGAAAUCCUUGGACUUUCCUGAAAGUCAAUCAGAUAACAUAUCAUACAAGGAUAAUUUGGGUGAAUUUGCAGCUGUUCAUGUGGUAGAAGAAGGGUCUACAAUUGUUUUGCACUUCCACAGGCCACCAAUUACAAAGCUUCCUUAUAGAAUAGAGAACUGUUUACAUGACGCUCCGAUCACUUAUUAUCAAAAGGGUUCAUCAUGGCUGGAGAGUUUGGGAGCUGGAGUUAGUGUUAACUAUGUCUGGGAUGACCUGACUCUUCCACAUAAGCUAGUUGUCCAGCUUGAUGAUGUGCAUCUGUUGCGUGAAAUCAACUUAGAUAAGGUGCGGUCAUGGAAACCAUUUUAUAGGAACAAGCAAACUAGAGGUCUGGGAUUUCAUCUACCACUGGAUAAGAAGCCUGAAGAUCAGAAACGUACUACUUACAGUCAAUUGAUUGGGUCAGAGACUGUAAAGGUGGGUUUUGAAGUAUAUGCAGAUGGGGUCACAAGAGUUUUGAGGAUUUGUGAGUUCUCUGGUGGUCAUAAGGCGAAUAUGGUGUCGGGCUCCCGUAGAAAGAUGCGGCUGAGAAUCUCUUAUUUCUCUGUCCACUUGCUAGAGCAUGCUGAGCAGGAGGUAGAUGUGCACGAGACAUCCAUCUAUUCACCCCUAAUUAUUACAAGGUUUGAAAGGAUCAACUGGGAUGCUAUGUUUACUGACGAGCAUAAAUAUAACCAAAUCAGAGUGCAGUCGCUGAGCGUGGAUGAGAAGUGGACCGGUGCUCCUUUUGCAGCAAUGCUUCGUAGGCACCAAUCGGAAAAGUCUGAUGCAAAUGAAUACAUUCUUCAUGUUGCAGUUGUUUUACUUCCAAUGAGUUAUUCUGUCAAACAAGUGAAAUACCUCUCCAUUGUUUUGCAGCCUCUUGACUUGAACCUUGAUGAGGAGACACUAAUGAGAAUUGUUCCCUUUUGGAGGAGGUCUCUCAGUGAUUCAUGUACUCCCCGUCAACAGUACUACUUUGAUCAUUUUGAGAUCCACCCUAUAAAGAUUGUGGCAAGCUUCCUUCCUGGGGAUUUGCAUUACAGCUACAGUUCUACCCAAGAGACCCUGAGGUCUUUACUCCAUAGUGUGAUUAAGAUACCAGCCAUUAAGAGAAAGACCGUUGAGCUGAAUGGGGUCCUUGUAACACAUGCUUUGAUAACUUUGCGUGAAUUAACUAUCAAAUGCGCACAGCACUAUUCCUGGUAUGCAAUGAGAGCAAUCUAUAUUGCCAAGGGAAGCCCAUUACUUCCUCCAGCUUUUGCUUCUAUAUUUGAUGAUCUAGCUUCAUCCUCGCUUGAUGUCUUUUUUGAUCCUUCAAGUGGCUUGCUCAAUCUUCCUGGUGUGACCUUAGGCACCCUCAAGCUUAUCAGUAAAUUCAUUGAUAACAAAGGCUUUUCAGGAACAAAGCGCUAUUUCGGUGAUCUGGGGAAAACAUUGAAAACAGCAGGGUCCAAUGUGCUAUUUGCUGCAGUUACUGAAAUAUCAGACUCUGUUCUUAAGGGAGCAGAAACAAGUGGUUUUAAUGGAAUGGUAAAUGGUUUUCACCAAGGAAUUCUAAAAUUAGCUAUGGAACCAUCAGUUCUCAGUAGUGCUUUCUUGGAAGGCGGCCCAGAUCGGAAAAUUAAGCUUGACAGAAGUCCUGGGGUUGAUGAGCUGUACAUUGAGGGUUACCUGCAAGCAAUGUUGGAUACAAUGUACAAGCAAGAAUAUCUUAGGGUGCGAGUCAUUGAGAACCAGGUUAUUCUCAAAAACCUGCCUCCCAGCAGUUCUCUUAUCGAUGAAAUUAUGGAACAUGUAAAGGGCUUCCUUGAAAGCAAGUCAUUGUUGAAGGGUGAAUCCUCAACAUCUCGUUCCCUCCGACGCAUACGAGGAGAAAGGGAAUGGAGAAUUGGACCUACCAUACUGACUUUAUGCGAGCACCUGUUUGUAAGUUUUAUGAUUCGUCUGCUUCGGAAGCAAUCUGGCAAGGUUAUCAGUAGAAUCAAGUGGAAGGAUAAAGCAAAGGCUGACAAAGAGAAAGCUUCGACCAGUGGUGAGGAACAGAAGGUGAAGCUCAUAUGGAAAUGGGGAAUCGGCAAGUUUGUAUUGUCAGGUAUAGUUGCAUAUGUUGAUGGACGGUUGUGUCGUAAUAUUCCUAAUCCUUUAGCAAGAAGAAUUGUUAGUGGGUUUUUGUUGAGUUUUCUGGACCAAAGUGAUGAUGAAACAAAGUAAAAGCAGCGAUCAAUCGAUAUUAGUAUUUUCUUCUUUCAA